AUGGCGGACAGAGCUGCCUCUGGUCUACGACAAGGGGGAAUUCGAGAGCUAUCCGUCAAGCGGCAAAGGCGGCGGCGGAUGCGGAAGCAGUCGGCGUGCGAGGCGGCACAGCGACAGCGGCAAGAGAUUUCUUCACUGUCUUCUAGCAAGAAGAGACUCACCCAAGAACAGCUGACACUCUUGGAAACCAGCUUUAGCUUCAACAAGAAGCUUGAGCCUCACCGCAAGUUCCAGCUAGAGGAGCAUCUGGGUUUGCCUCCGUGCCAGGUGGUGAUCUGGUACCAGAACAAGCGCGCGCGGUGGAAGAACCAGACCCUGGAGGUCGACCACUGCACCCUCCAGCUACGCCUCGACAUUGCCGACAACAAGCGACUAGAGAAGGAGGUCGAACGGUUGAAGCAGGAGUUGGAGCACAAGGUCCGGCAACUGAUGUUUCUUUCUUCUUGUUCUAAUUCGCACUGUGGAAUGGGGUUGAACCAGUUGGAUGAGUUUGAUGAUUUUUCAUCAAAAGCUCGUUAUUUUGCUCAGCGACAAGAAUAUAUUAUAGAAGUUCAACAGUUUUAG